AUGGCUACAGGGAGUGUUCCACCCCGGAGGAUAGUCUUUUUGCUUCUCCUCAAGAAACGACUAAAGCUGCAGAUGCUGUUGCUUGUCCUGAUGCUGAUGUUAAUUGCCCAGCCCAAUGAUGGAGGAUUUGAGCCAGUGACUCCACCCUCCAUCCAAGUCACCAACACCACAGUCAAAGACCUGAUGUCUAUAUUCCUGACCUGCUUGUCAAAUGACACGGGGAUCUCCAUCCAUUGGCUCUUCAACUCUCAGCGUCUGAGAAUCACAAAUAAGAUGAUGCUGUCCCCGAACAACAGUACCCUCCAAAUAGACCCUGCCAGGAGUGAGAAUUCAGGGGACUAUCAGUGUGAGGUAACCAAGGGAUUGGUUAACAAGAGGAGUGACCGCAUCACUCUGAACAUAAAAGCCUUGCUUUUAACCUUCUGGAACUUUGCCACCACUGCAGAACUCACUGUGGAGGCAGUUCCACCACACGCUGGUGAAGGGGACAACGUUCUUUUCCUUGCCCAUAAUGUGCCAGAGACACAGAGGUUUUUUAACUGGUUCAGGGGGAAUCGACUUAAUAUGUCAAACAGCAUUAUACGAUUGAUAACAUACAGAAGUAAAAUAGAAAAAGGGCCUCUCUACAGCGAAAGAGAGACAAUAUACACCGAUGGAUCCUUACUCUUCAAGAAUGUCACUAAGAAAGAUGCAGGAGUCUAUUUGCUAAUUGUGACUGUGGAAGACCUUGAUGAAAAGAAAGCAACGCUGCAGUUAUAUGUACACGAUCCAGUGACUCCACCCUCCAUCCAAGUCACCAACACCACAGUCAAAGACCUGAUGUCUAUAUUCCUGACCUGCUUGUCAAAUGACACGGGGAUCUCCAUCCAUUGGCUCUUCAACUCUCAGCGUCUGAGAAUCACAAAUAAGAUGAUGCUGUCCCCGAACAACAGCACCCUCCAAAUAGACCCUGCCAGGAGUGAGAAUUCAGGGGACUAUCAGUGUGAGGUAACCAAGGGAUUGGUUAACAAGAGGAGUGACCGCAUCACUCUGAACAUAAAAGGUGAACCUCCAAAACCAAAAAAACAUCGACCCUCAUUAAGGGGUAUUAUUGGCAUUGUUGCUCAAUGUCUGAUGGGGCUGAUUGCAGUAAUAUUUGUCCUGGUUUUCCUGUGGCGCAGCCGUCGUGGCAGGUGA